CCUCCACUUUUGCAGGUCCAUUCUGAAGUCUCCAGUCAAGCUCAUGUCUGUCUUGCAUAGCACGCAGCAGUUUACCAUGUCUGUCAAGCAUGUCGUGGCAUUCAAAUCACCCUCGGAGGACAAGCGUACUCUGAUGGUUCAAGGGUUCUUGGACCUCAAGGACAAGUGUGAACGAGAUGGAAAGAAGUACAUCGUCUCGAUCACAGGCGGCAAGCAACAUUCACCAGAGGGGAAAGACCUUGGAAUGGAUGUCGUCUUCAUCAUGACUUUCAAUUCACUCGAAGAUAGAGAUUUUUAUAUCUCUAAAGAUGAAGCACACAAAGCUUUUGGUUCUCACUGUGGACCCACGUAUGGAGUUGAGGAAGUCGUCGUGUUUGACUUUACGGCCGACGAGUACUGAAAGGAUAUCGAUCUUCCAAUGUUGCUCUUACACGGCCAAGAAUGAAUCAGCCAAACAAUACCGUGGGGA